ACCAAAGAAAUCAGCUGUUUCCGUAUUUAAUCGCAAUGUCAAAACAAGUGCCGACGGUUCGUCUUUGCAAUGGACACGAAAUCCCGGUCCUCGGUUAUGGGACAUAUUUGGCCCAACAAGGACAGUGUGUGGAGCUGGUAAAGAAAGCGAUCGACAUCGGGUACCGGCACAUCGAUACGGCUUUCCUGUACGAGAAUGAGGUCGAAAUCGGGCAAGCGGUACGGGCAAAGAUCGCCGACGGUGUUAUCCGCCGUGAAGACAUAUUCGUAACGACCAAACUGUGGAACACGUUUCACGAUCCGCAGCACGUUGAGGAAGCAUUCCGGCGAUCAUACGAUAUGCUUGACCUUGGAUACAUUGAUCUGUUCCUGAUGCAUUCGCCGAUGGGUUUACAGUUUGCCGGGUACGAGUACGGCGAUAUGCAACCGAAGGAUGCGGAUGGGAACAUGCUGUUCGAUGAGAUAGAUUACGUGGAAACGUGGAAAGCGAUGGAAAAGCUGGUUACAUCCGGGAAGGUGCGCAGUAUCGGACUGUCCAAUUUUAAUAGUGAACAAAUCGACCGUAUUCUUGAGAUAGCUACCGUAAAGCCGGUUGUUAAUCAGGUGGAAGCAAAUCCGGGUUACGAUCAGCGCAAGUUGAUUGCGUUUUGUAAGGAGCGUGGUAUCGUUGUGACGGCGUACGGACCGAUGGGAAGACCGCAUAGGACAACGUACGGUAAUCGUAAUGCACUGGACGAUCCAAAGGUGUUGGAAAUAGGUCGAAAGUAUGGAAAAACUGGUGGACAAGUUAUACUCCGAUAUUUGCUCGACAUCGGAACCAUACCAAUUCCGUACUCAACCAACGAUGAACGCAUGCGGCAAAAUAUUGAUGUUUGUGAUUUCAAGCUGAAUGAGGAAGAAAUUGAAUAUCUUGCCUCGUUUCACUCGGUACGCACGAUUCCAUUUUUGCCCCUGAAGUCGCACAAGUACUACCCGUUCAACAUAGAAUUUUGA